AUGGAUUUCCAAGGAGACGUGUUUGGCUAUUUGGGUCGAAAAAUCAUCGAAGAUUAUGAUGAUGCUCUCCGCAAAAGCAUUCAUCCACUCACCGCGACUCCUCGUGAAGAGACCUCGCAGAUACCUGCGCUCCCUGAGCGUGGUUAUGGCCCGCUGGAUACAGUUGGAAUUCUAGGUGCAGGAGUUGGUGGUCUAUACACCGCCCUUAUCCUAGAUUCGCUGAACAUCGACUACGAGAUCUUGGAGGCGUCGGACCGCACCGGCGGACGCCUCCUCACCUACAACUUCCCGAAUGGUGGAUGUUGGCGUCAUGAGGUCCCCCCUGUCAUAGAAGGACGCUCAGGGCAAUUACAAGAUUGGAAUUAUGAGGCGCUUGGGCGAGUUGAUCAACUACUCGAAGCUCAACAAGGGUUUAUCGAAGGUAUCUCUAAGCUCCCAACUUAUCGAUUAUCAUUUUACGUCAAAGAGACAAGGGCAUUUCCUCUACUUCAACGAUCAACGUUAUCAAGUCUCUCGGACAUCGACGUCAUUCGGCCGUUCGCUAAGGACCUCAUUAAAGACUUGGAGCAAAAUGUCCAUUCGGGCUGGCGCAACUUAAUGAAGCACGAUGCAUACUCGCUUCGCUCAUUCAUGUCAUUCAAGUACACUCCCAGCGCCAGCCUCCAAAUUCCGCGCACGCAUCUUUCCACCAACGUUAUCAAUUGGUGCGAAACAUUCAAUGACAGCACAGGCUCGUAUGACCGCGGUUUAACUGAAGCGGUUCUUGUGGCGCUGGUGGAGUCGCAGACCCUUGAAGACGUAGAAUGGAAGUGUUUCAAAGGUGGUUCUCAAGUGCUCACCGACUACAUGGUGGCAUACCUUACUGCUAACGGUACCAAGCCUAUCAUCCAGUUCAAUAAGAAGGUCACGAGCAUCCUUCAGAGUGGAGACAUCGCAAUGGAUGUUUCUGUGAGGGGCGAAUGUAGCCCGCGCACAUAUUCGCACGUUAUGUCGACUAUUCCUCUUCCGAGCCUACGGAUGAUCGAACUAGGAGGUGCUGGUUUAAAUGUGAUGCAGAAAAAUGCAUUGCGUAAACUGCAGUACGGUGCUUCACUCAAGGUUGGCAUGCGUUUUCGAUCGGCGUGGUGGACCGAACUUUUCGGACUGGGCAAUUGA